AUGGCCAGACAAGCAACCAUCCGAGGGAGAAAUGGUGAAGAACUGCAUGACCAAGAAGGGAUCAGGAAAAGAUGGAAAGAGUACACUGAACAGUUGUAUGCAGGGAACAGCCUUAAUGGGCAGGCAGAAGAGAAACCACUGGAACUGGAACUGGAUCCAGACAUCCUGGAGGAUGAGGUGGUAUGGGCAAUGAAACAGCUGGCCAACCGAAAAGCCCCAGGUACUGAUGGCAUUCCACUAGAAUUACUCAAGCCAAUACCAACAAAAACACUAACAUCGCUUUGCCAACGAAUAUGGAGAACCGGUAAGUGGCCAAGGUAA